AUGACUGACGCCAUCAAGAAAUACAUACCAAACCCUAAACUCAGAUCAAAGAAAUGGUUGUCCACUUCAGUGAUUAUUGAAACAAAAGACGAAAAUUUGAAAUAUGCUUCAGCCGAGUAUUUUACAUACAAUCUCCUAAAUCCGGUUAAUUUCUAUGAAAAACUACUCGAACUGCCCAAAGAUGCCGUAGUCCUUGAAUUAGGUCCGCAUUCAGUGUUCAAGAGUGCGGUCACCGAAACACUCGGCAAAUCUUCUUACGUAUCGCUCAUUAAAAAGGACUCAAACGAUACAAAUCUGGAUAUGUUUUUGUCCGGAUUCGCAACACUUUACGAAUUGGGUUACAAUCUGUCGAUCGAUAAACUCUACCCACGAGUCGAGUGGCCGGUGCCGAGGGUGACCAAUACAAAUCUGGAUAUGUUUUUGUCCGGAUUGGCAACACUUUACGAAUUGGGUUACAAUCUGUCGAUCGAUAAACUCUACCCACGAGUCGAGUGGCCGGUGCCGAGGGGUACGCCCUCUAUCGGGUCGCUAAUGAAAUGGGAUCACAGCGUGGAGUUAACCAAGAAAAUAUACCCUGAACGCUUUUGCAGAGCCAACGCCUCGGAUAUGAAUACAAUAAUAAACUGUUUAUCUAAAAGUGACCUUUUUUAUCUGGACCACUGUGUCGAUGGUAAUCCUAUAUUCCCAGGGCAGGGGUAUUUGAUAUUGGCCUGGCGCAAAUUGGCCUCCACUUUAGGCAAGGUCUGGUAUAAAGUACCCGUGAUUUUCAAGCACAUCCAACUCAGACGGGCUGUCCAUAUGUCGGAUUCAAAAGACACAAAACUAAAAGUCAAAUACUACCCGUUAACAGAUGAAUUUUCAAUAUACGAAAACGAGAACCUAUGUUGUGUGGGCGAAAUCCGAGCACCUGGCGAUGACGUACUGGUAGCUCAACACAAAAUCUAUGAAAAUGAGAACAAGUUAUCGUUAUGUGAGUACAAACUGGAAAGGGAUGACAUCUAUAAGGAGUUACGUAUUAUGGGCUAUGAUUACGGCCCGGAGUUUCGACGUCUGCUCAAAGUCGGCACAAAUGACUUCCAAGAGAUGUAUGCCAUUAACGAGUGGACGGGAAAUAUUGUCACGUAUUUGGACGCUAUAACCCAAUUGGCAAUAUUGACGCUACCUUUCCGUAAAUUAAUGGUACCUGUUAUGCUACGCGAAAUACGUAUCGACCCCCUGGUGCUGUUUGACGCUAUCAAACGUAACCCGGUUUCAGAGGCAGCACCAGAUACUAGAUGUAGUAGUGGUGAUGACCGUGAAAGUGCCGAAGUAGAAAUAAAUGCGCCUGAUACAAUGCAUCAAAAUGUCGAUAAAUUGACCAAUGGGUUAAUUAAUGAGACUGGUGAGCUUGGUGAGAUGACAGGGUAUGCAUUUAGGGAGCGUUUCCCGAGCCAUAAGGCCAAUAUGCCUAUAUAUUUUAAUGGCCGUACUAAGCAAGUGGUUGGUCACGGGGUAGAGAUUGGGGAGUCCAUACCGGUGCUCAUCACUAGGCGCGUGGAUACGACAGACUUAGUGUUGGAUUCCUAUGAGUUUUGUCCCAAUGAUGACAGUAAUAUAAUCCAAACGUUUCGAUACCGCGCUAAAGUGAAACAAAUGGGUUUCAAACAAAUGAAAUGCGAUUUCAAUUACCAGUCGAUUAGCGACGAAGUGAUAGAAGAGUAUAGAAAUGCAAACAAUGAAAAUCACGUUAUGUUUCGGAUCUCAAAGAAUGAGCGAAUGAUUAGAUCUCUUGUUGACAUCGUUUGCGAAAACUUUCUUAACAUUAAAGGCAAAAAGAUAGCAGAAAUUAAUUUGAGCGCCAAUUUGUUGGUUAAAGACGUGGAUCAGUUUAUAACACACUUCCGAUAUAUACCUACUGUUAAUGACUAUACUUUAAUAGUUAAAUCUAAACAAGACGUGAUUGAAGAAUUUAGAUCCGAUGCCACGGACUGGGAUGUAAAGGAAAGCCUAUUAUUAAAACCGUCACAUUUGGUGAUAAUGAGAGACACACCGGACUUAUGGCCAAUAGAUUUGCAGACAUUUAUGCAGGACUUGUAUGACUCGAUCCAAUCAAACGGAUUCCUAUUAACGGUAUUCCGCUAUAAGUUUACUGAACCGGAGAUCGCAUUGAAUUCAUUGAACCGAAAGAAAUGGUUUGAAGUAUUGCAACAAAAAAUGAUUGCCGCUAAGGAUGCGGACAAUAAGACGGAUAACGUAUGGCUUAUAGCUAACGACUCGUCCAUUAAUGGCAUAAUAGGUCUCAUGAAUUGCUUGCGAUUAGAACCGGGAGGAGAGAACUGGAGAUAUAUUUUCAAUUACGACAGCACUGGUAGUCCAAUGGAUAUAGACUUCAAUGUGAGUCCUUAUAGCGAUAUAUUGGCCAACGAUUUGGUGGCGAAUGUCGUGAAAGAGGGAAAAGUGGGAACUUAUCGACACUUAAGACUUGCCACGGAUUACGACAAAUGCCUCUCAAAUGACUAUUACUUGAAUACGGGUCAAAAGAGGGAUAUAUUGGGAUUGCAAUGGUAUGACUCCAGGAAAAUACCUGUUGUCAAUGAACAAGUCGCAUACCACCAGGGCCAGAAUGAAUUUGUUGGCCGUAGAGUAGAUACCGGGGAACGUGUGAUGGGUAUGAAUAUGGGCCGAGGGUUUGCCACGUCAACGAACGCCAGUAUCAAUAGCAUGACUCCCAUUCCCGAGCACUGGUCUAUGGCUGAGGCGGUGACUAUACUCAGCACUUAUAGUACACUGUAUUACGCGCUCAUUAAAAAGGCUCAGAUUAAGAAAGGUGAAAGCAUUUUAAUUCACUCGGCGGCUGGUGGUGUGGGACAGUCGGCAAUAAACAUGUGCCGACACUUCGGGUGCGAUAUCUAUGUGACGGUUGGGACGGAAGAGAAAAAGCAAUUCCUUGUGAAGGAGUAUAACAUUCCUGUGAACCGGAUAUUCAACUCAAGAGAUAUUCUCUUCAAGAAUUGCAUCAUAGAAGCCACGAAUGGCCGGGGAGUUGAUAUCGUACUGAACUCCCUGUCCGGUGACAAACUGGACGCUAGCUAUGAAUGUGUGGCAAAUUGUGGUCGAUUUGUAGAGUUGGGACGUUUUGAUAUGAUCCAGAAUAAAAAGCUGGGAAUGUUUGACUUUGUUAGGGACAUACAGUUCCUAUCAGUAGUACUGGACGUUAAGCUUAUAGAAGAUAUGAAUUUUUGUCAAGAAUUCUACGAUUGGAUGCAUAAGAACUGUACGAAUGGUUGCGUAAAACCAAUCAAUUAUACGGUAUUUAAUGCCUCGGAGGCCGAGAAGGCGUUCCGAUUCAUGACAACCGGUAAACACAUCGGGAAAGUAGUCAUCAAAAUGAGAGACGAAGAGAUGGAUAGACAGCCACUGAAAGCCAUUAAACUGGCCGUCGAUAUGAUGGUUACGGUUAAGACAUUUUUCAAUCCCAACAAAGUCUAUAUAAUAACUGGAGGUUUGGGUGGCUUUGGUAUGGAACUGAUCCCAUGGAUGCAAUACUUGGGCGCCAGAAAGUUUGUGGUCACCUCCAGAUCAGGCAUUAAAACUGAUUAUCAGAGAUAUGUUUUCAAUCGUUUCGAUAAAGUUUUCAAAGAUAUAAAAUUUUUUGCGUCCGAUAUCGUGGUCUCAACGGAUAAUUGUAUGACUAUUGAAGGCACACAACAACUCAUAAAAGAGGCUCAAGAGUUGGGACCCAUUGGAGGGGUAUUUCAUUUGGCGCUUGAAUUGAAUGACUGUUUGAUAGAGAAGUUAACGUUUGAUAAGUUUUGUUCGUCUAUUGAUACCAAACAUAAGAUAUUCACGAAUUUGGAUCAAUUGACCCGAAAAUUGGACUAUAAUUUGGAUUAUUUUGUCGUAUUUUCAUCCAUGGCUUGUGGUAAGGGAAAUGGAGGUCAGACUAACUAUGCGUUCGGAAACUCUAUGUGUGAACGCAUUUGUGAACAAAGACAAAGGGAUGGUUUGCACGGACUGGCCGUACAGUACGGACCCAUCGGUGAUGUGGGAUUUUGUUCGUCUAUUGAUACCAAACAUAAGAUAUUCACGAAUUUGGAUCAAUUGACCCGAAAAUUGGACUACAAAUUGGAUUAUUUUGUUGUAUUUUCAUCGGUGGCCUGCGGUAAGGGAAAUGGAGGUCAGACUAACUACUCGUUUGGGAACUCUAUGUGUGAACGCAUUUGUGAACAAAGACGAAGGGAUGGAUUGCAUGGUCUGGCCGUACAGUACGGACCCAUCGGUGAUGUGGGAGUGUUUGAAGGGUCCGAUCAGUUGAUAACUUUAACAUCAAUAAGAAAACAACGGAUCCACUCGUGUUGUCAUGUUUUGGACAAAUUGUUGGCAAUUAAUACACCGAUUGUCACGUCAUUUGUAAAAGCCAACAAACAACGAGAGUCUGGUAACAGAGAAAAGCGUAUUAUUGGUGAGCUAUGGCGGGCACUGGGCAUCGACCCCGACAAUACCCCCGAUAACCUAACCCUGGGUGAGAUUGGGUUGGAGUCCAUGUUUGCCGUAGAGUUACAGCAGGAGAUGGAAAGGGAGUGGAAUAUGAAAAUGAGUCUCAAUCACGUGAAAAGUAUUACUAUAGGAAUGCUAAAGGAAUACCAAUCGGGUAAACUGGAUAAUAUAAAAAAGCACGUGGAUGACAUGAAACUUGCCCGGGACCACUUACUCAAACAAAAAUACAUUAUACCCGUUGAGAUAUUCAUACGUCUAAACGGCGUAACCGUUGGAAAACCUGUAUAUCUAUUGCCGACAUUUAUGUUAAACUUCGCUGUGUUUGAAGGGUUGGCCCAUAAGCUAAACCGACCGGUGAUUGGCCUCAAUUGGACCCCCGAUGUGAGCAAAUUUACCACGCUCAAAGAUAUUAUUAAAUAUUACGUCAAAUUACUCAAAAACCUGGAUCCAAACGGGAAGUACGAUGUGGUCGGUUAUUUGGACACCGCUUAUGUCUGCCCAAAGGUAUUGGUGAAGGGAAUGGCAGACAAGGCGGUGAUCAUUGACCUGAUAAGAGAUGUCCGCUAUUUCGAUGACCAACUCAACGAGGAUUUAAUUUUUGAGUUUAUUUUUUUUGUAAUGUACGGCGAACUACCGGUUGCUUUUAAAGAUAAAGUUUUGCGUGAGAUUAAAAAGGAGCCUGAUACAAAAGCGAGAGUUAGGUUGAUAGCCAACGAGAUCGCGGACUUCGCCGGCAAAGGACUGGUGGCCACAGAUAUGGAGGAAAUAUUUCACAUAAUGAUAGCCCGGAUUCGUAUGCUAUCGGAGUAUAGACUCAAUAAACGCAAGAAGUUUUCAAAUCGACUGAAACUCGAUUACAUAAUGAUAGCCCGGAUUCGUAUGCUAUCGGAGUAUAGACUCAAUAAACGCAAGAAGUUUUCAAAUCGACUGAAACUCGCGAUCGCAAAGAAAUGGGCGAAAAAGACGGGCAAAUUGAUCAUGAUCAAACCCGUCAAACAUGAUUCAGUUGAUGACGUUGAUGUGAUUAUUGAAAAAUCGUGUGAUUUGUAUUUUCUACCCGGAUCGUCGGAUGAAAAUUCCAGUGUUCAGGUGGAAAAUAUUAGCACAUUUACUGAUAAAAAACAUUUGUUCAAACGUACAACUGUUGAAUCAAAUGAUACCCCAAUUCCGGCUAAUUUUUCCGUUGACUACUACUCGCAACUCAUCGAUCAUUUCAAUUACAUAAACGACAACCGAUUCAAACAGCGCUACAUUAUAUCGACGGACCACUGGUGUGAUGGUUGUCCCAUAUUUUACUAUACGGGCAAUGAGGGCGAUAUAUUCAUGUUCGCCAACAACACCGGAUUUAUGUGGGAAAAUGCACAACAGUUUCGGGCUAUGAAUCUGUUUCUGGAGCACCGGUAUUACGGCGAGUCUAUACCGUUUGGCAAGUUUGAUACAAACCUAACCAAACUUGGUUACCUAUCGGUUGAUCAGGCCCUGGCUGAUUUCGCGGACUUUAUAACACAUAUCAAGGAGACAUAUCCCGGCGCCGCUAAAAGUCCAGUCGUUGUGUUUGGGGGCAGUUAUGGCGGAAUGCUUGCCGCGGCAUUCAGACUCAAAUACCCGAGUCUGAGUGUAGGUGCUCUGGCAGCCAGUGCUCCCAUAUAUGGAGUUCAGGGUAUUUAUAAAGACUGCGACGGAUUCGCUUCCGUUGAAACUAAAGACUUCACACAAUAUUCUGCAAACUGUUCGCAAACUAUACAAAAUUCUUGGCCGGUGUUUGACCGAAUAGCCAGCACAGUUGACGGUCGCAAUUGGCUCACUACAACAUUUAAUCUGUGCAAACCAUUAGAAAAGGGUCAGGGUGCUCUCAUAGCCAACUGGAUAAACAACGCAUUUGGCAACACAGCGAUGGUUGACUACCCAAAUGCGGCCACAUUUUUGGCUGACUUACCCGCGUAUCCCAUGCGCGAGAUGUGUAAACACCUGACAAAUCCCGGCGCCGAUGACAAGGGAUUGGUACAGCAAAUGCAAGCGGCGGCUAAUGUUUAUUAUAACUACACUGGUCAUAUGAAAUGCUCAGAUUUAAAACCUUCCACUGGGUUUGUGGAUGACUUAUCCUGGGGGUUUCAGUCGUGCACAGAAAUAGUACUUCCCUUCUGUACAAAUGGAAAGACAGAUAUGUUUGAGCCCUCGCCCUUUGACUUCAAGGCAAUGUCGGACCAGUGCUAUAAGGACUGGGGUUCGUGCACCGAAAUAGUACUUCCCUUCUGUACAAAUGGAAAGACAGAUAUGUUUGAGCCCUCGCCCUUUGACUUCAAGGCAAUGUCGGACCAGUGCUAUAAGGACUGGGGUGUAAGGCCUGACCCCCACAAACUGCUUACUCUUUACGAGGAAAAGAGUGUAAAGAGCGGCUCAAACAUCAUAUUCAGUAACGGUUUGCGCGACCCGUGGAGUGCCGGCGGAGUAUUGGAGUCGCUGUCGGAUACUGUGGUGGCCUUUAAAAUAAGCCACGGCUGCCAUCACGAGGACCUCAGGGCUACCGGUGUUAACGACACACAAGAGCUCAUAAAUGUGCGAAAACAGGAGAUUAUCAUUAUUAAAGAUUGGAUUAAUGAUUAUUACACACAAAUUCAUUACUUUCCCUGAUGAAUGUAAAACGUUAAUUAAAUGAUUAAACCACAUGAAUAAACAAAUGUUUUAUACAUUA